AUGGAAAUAAAUUUAUUGAAUUGGUUAUUAUUAAAAGGAAAAGAAGAUUGGAUACUUGAAUAUGUAAAGAGUUUAUCAGAUAAUAAUUUACAUAUAACUUUAAAAUCACUUUAUUUUCAUUGUAUAUCUGAAAUUGACUUAAUUUCCUUUGAUAAAAAGUAUAGAAAUUUACUAUUAAAAGAUAUUGAACCAAUUUAUUUAAAAUAUAAUAAAAAUUCUCAAGAAUUUAUAUAUGGAUGUGAAAAUUGUUUAAUUAAAAAUAAAAUUAAAGAAAUAAAUCAAAUAAAAGAAAAUCAAAAUUUAUUUAUCAAACCAUUAAUUACUUGUUUAGAAAUAAUAAAAAAUAAUAAAAGAUUAUUAAUAAAAAAAGAAAAUAUAAAUUUAAUAUUUAAUCAACAGAGUGGUGAAUUAUUUUUAAAUCAAAUUUGGAGAAGUGAUAGUAUAAAGAAUGAAAUUAUUAAUUAUUUAUCAAUUUUUAAAUAUCACAGAUUUAAAAUGACAUUUACAUCAAUUAAACAAAUUCAAAAAUAUAAAUUUAAAGAUUAUUUAGAUCAUGUAGAAUUAUCAUUAUCAAAUUCAAGUUCAAAUAUAGAUGGUGAAUCUAUAAAUGAUUAUUUAGAAUUUCAAUUACCAAAUUCAAUUAGAAAAUUACAAAUUAAUUGUAAUUAUAUUGAUAAUAAUAAUAUUCUACAAACUAAUGAUUACAUUGAAUAUAUUAGACCAUCAUCAAUACCACCAUCAGUUACAUAUUUAGAUUUUAGUAGUAGUAGUAUUGGUAGUUGCACAAAUUAUCAUGAUAACCAAAUAAUUUUAAAUAAUAAACAAACAUUACCAACAACAACUACACAUUUAAAUUAUGAUACCAAUUUUAUAAAUCAAAGAAAUUUUUUUCAGGAAUCAAUUACAAUUUUAAAAUUAGGAAAUACUCAAUUCACUUAUUCAAAUGAAAAAAUUAAAAUUGGUGUUUUACCAUCACAAUUGAUUGAAUUAGAUCUAGGAGGUUAUUAUAAUGAAAUUGAAGAAAAUGUAUUACCACCAACUUUAAAAUCGUUAACAUUAUGUCAAAGUUAUAAUAAAACUAUUAAAUUAGGUUGUUUACCAAGUUCUUUAGAAUAUCUUUCAUUUCAUGGCGAUUCUAAUGCAAUUAUAAAAGAUCAUUCAGACACAAAAAAAGGUUGGUGGUCAUUUUGGUCAUACUUUUCAAACCAAUUAAAAGAAUCGCCACAUCCACAACCAGUUUUAAUUGUAGGUUCAUUACCAAUUAGUUUAAAAACUUUAAAAUUAUCAUCACAUCAAUCUUUUUUAGAUAUUUUAAUCUCAGAAGUUGUAUCAAUUUCUCAUAAGUCUCUUACAAAGUUAUCAAUUAUUCAAGAAAGUAAAAUGUUUGAUUAUAAAACAAAAAAAGAAUUAUCAGAUAGUGAUGCCAUUUUAAAAUUUAAUAAUUGGAAACAUUUAAAUUUUAAAUUACCACCGAGUGUAAAAAUAAUUAAAUUAAACACAAAUAGAUACUUUCAAUUCUUAGAAAAUGAUUCAUUACCAUUCACUCAUUUCAAAACAAAUUCAACAUGGGCAAUUAAAACACUACCAAACACAUUAAAAUCAAUUUCAUUGAAAUCUCAAUUCGAUCCCUUCACAAAUAAAAAUCGAAUAACAAAUUAUCCAGACUCUUUAGAAACAUUAGUCAUUGGUUCCAUUGCUGAUAUCCCAUCGAUUGAUUCCAUACCUAGUUCUUUGAUUAGACUAGAUCUCCUUUAUGAUUCUUCUUUUAUUCCAAAUUUUAAUCAUAAUUUGUUAAAGUGCUCAAAAUUAGUAACAUUGAAAAUACUAUCUUUACCAUCAACUUUUACAAAAGAAUUAAAUAUUGAUUUAGAAUUCCCAAAUUUAGAAAUUUUAUUUGUUGGUUCUUCAAAUCCAAAAAUUAUAAUAUCACAACCACUAAAAUCUUUAAAAUUAAAAAAAAUUAUUAUUAAAAAUAAUAAUUAUAAUUUUAUAGAUAAUAAUCUUCAAUUUUAUUCUCUUUUUAAAGUUUAUAAUAGUGAUAUAAAAAAAAAUUUUUAUAAACUAAUAUUAAAUUUUUUUAUUUUUAAGAUAUGUUGUUUCUGUUGCUAUUGCUAA